AUGGCUUCCACACCAGCUGAGAUGCCUGACUUCUCUACUGCAAGGACAGUCCCGAUACUUGGCACAACGCCGCUUCGUUCCCACACCGCCUUCCGCGACAUGGUGCGCAUUGCACUUUUGUUAAUUAUCCCCAUCUACGCCCGACUCUACCUCUUCUCCUCAAUCUUAACUGCCUUCGCACACGUUUACGUCAUUGGCACCACUAGCAUUUGCGUUGUCUACUUCAGCAAAGAGAAGAUUAAUCUCCACUCAGCUUGGGACAUCAUCUACGGGCUAUUGGUGUCCAGCUUUCCAAGCUGGGGCCCAUCCAUCUUGAGCUUCAUCUGGGUUGGGCCCAAGUUUCAAGGCUGGCGGUGGGAGGUUGUUUACUGGACGUUUGUUGCAAGGCAGCUGAGUUACUUCUUGCCAGAGUACUAUGGGAGCGACGUUGAGCCACCUCCAGAAAUUUGGAAAGACCGUGCGACAAGAUUCAUGGCCGUAUAG